GCAUGCAAAUAUUCGUAUUUUUUGUUUUUCAAGAUACUUAAUCAACAACCUUUGACGAAAAUUUCAAAAGAUGUUUUCGUGCUCAGUUUUAUUUUAUUCCAUAUCUUUCCCUUUUCACAUCAAUAAGCUCCGUAUUUAUUAAUUAAAAUAAGUUUGUAUCUCCGAGAACACAAAUUUUCGCGAUGGAGACACUGGGACUCGACUGUUUGGUCCACUUAGAUAGUAUUAUGAUUUAUCAGAAUGUUGACUAUCUGGAUGUUUUCGUAGGAUUUAGUAGUAACAGAAGGUAUGCCAUUAAAAGUAAGCCGACGGACCAACCCAUUCUCUACGCCGUUCAGGACAACGUAUUUUGGUCACGUGAAUUUAAAUCUAAAUAUAAUAUGACGAUACGGGUAAUAAACGCCGCGAAGACCGAUCUCAUGAUCGUGUCCAGGGCAAAACAUCACGAUUGUUGCGAGGGACCAAAACUGGACGUCUUCGUUCCACCCGGAAACAAGAUUGGCUGGAUUAGGUACCACCAGGGCUUUUGGCGGGAUCACCUGGAGAUCCACGAUCCCAAGGGCGUCCUAAUGUACAAGGUCAUACCUUUAAGCGUUUGGAAGGACAAUAAAUUCAAAGUUGUGGAUUCCAAUCAAAAAGUUGUAGGUAAAAUUCUAAAAAAAUGCGCUGGAUUCUUUCAAGAAGCGUUUACAGAAGCAGACAACUUCAACGUUGAGUUUAAGGAUGCGAAUAUCCGCACCAAGGCGCUUCUUCUGGCCGCCGUAUUUUUCAUAGAUGCUCUUUACCAUGAAGGAUCACGAAGAAAACCUUAUUAAUAAGCAGUAAAAAAUAAUUUUCUAAAUUCUGUAUGUGUAUUCACCUUUAAAUUUUACAUAUGAUAUUCUGCUCCGAGAAAUUAUAGCAUUUUUAAAAUUUAAGGGUGUUGUGUGUUUGAGUUGAGUUUUUAAAAGUAUUAACAAGGUAUCAAUUCUUAAAGCGUGUGUGUAUUAUAUAUCCAUAAAUUUUAACGUUUGAUUUUCUGCUCCGGGAAAUAAUACAAUUUUUAAAGUAUACGGUUCUUCUUCGUUUGGGCUUUGAGUU